AAAUACUCCGUAAUCUGGGGACAGAAAUCGAAUAGUUCUGUUCAGAGUGUCGUCUGCUUGAUAAAUAUUUAACUCUUCUUUUCAAAAACAAUUUUUGGUUCUUCUAUUUAUUUUUUUCGUUGUCAAUGUUUAUUUCAACUGUUUUAUAAAAUCGCGUGUGCAGUGCAAGAGUCCAUCAACAAUCACAUUAAAAAAAUAUGGAUUACUUUCUAGAACUACGAGGUCAUCAACGAUGUCCUUCUGACAAUCAGGAGUUUAGAGAAAGAACUAAAAAAGAUGCUUUUAAUCAUUUAGAAACUGAACUUGACAGAUUACAAGAAACAGCUCCAGGCCCUCUGAAAGAAGCGUUCGGAAAGGAAUUCAAAGGUUUUAAACAUUUAUUUAAGAGAUUUUUAAAAGAAGAAGGACCUUCCUUAGAUUGGGAUCGUAUACAAAAGUUACCUGACACGGCCAUUCAAGAUUACUGUAAUUUAACUGAGCCGAGUACAGCGGAAAUUAAGGAACUUUUAAGUAAAUUAAUAGUCGUGAAAUUAAAUGGCGGUCUUGGCACAAGCAUGGGAUGUCAUGGUCCAAAAUCAGUGAUAACUGUUCGUAACAAUUUUACAUUCUUGGAUCUUACUGUUCAACAAAUUGAGAAUUUAAACAAGACCUACGGCGUAAAUGUGCCUCUUAUUUUAAUGAACUCCUUUAAUACGGAUCAUGAUACGCAAAAAAUAAUCCGAAAGUAUAAGAAUUUGAAUGUUGAGAUUCAUAUAUUUAAACAGAGUUGCUAUCCGCGAAUUUCUAAAGAGUCACUUCUUCCACUCGCUGUAAAUUGUAAUGUUGAUCAAGACUUGGAAGCUUGGUAUCCACCUGGGCAUGGAGAUUUUUAUGAAAGCCUUAAAAAUUCUGGAUUUUUAGAUAGGUUUAUUCAGCAGGGCCGAGAUUAUUGUUUCAUUUCUAACAUAGAUAAUCUAGGAGCUACUGUUGACUUGAAUAUCUUAAAUUUUUUCAUAAAAGAAGAUAGAUCUCAAAAUAUCGAAUUCCUUAUGGAAGUAACUGACAAAACACGAGCUGAUGUCAAGGGUGGAACUCUCAUUUCGUAUGAAAAUAAAUUGCGACUUUUGGAAAUAGCUCAAGUACCUAAGAAUCACGUUGAUGAAUUUAAAUCGAUAAAAAAGUUUAAAUAUUUUAAUACAAACAAUCUGUGGGUGAAACUUACAGCAAUCGAUAGAAUUCUAAAAUCUACUGAAAUGAACUUGGAAAUAAUUGUCAAUGAGAAGACUUCCGAAACUGGCUUAAAUUUUAUUCAAUUAGAAACGGCUGUAGGAGCGGCUAUGAAAUCCUUUGGAGGAAGUCUUGGUAUACGUGUUCCACGAAGCAGAUUUUUGCCAGUAAAGAAAACUUCAGAUCUGUUUUUAGUUAUGAGUAACUUAUAUACAUUAAGCAGUGGUUCCUUAGUAAUGAGCGCUAAACGAAUGUUUCCUACUACACCGUUUAUUAAAUUGGGCGAUAAUCAUUUUUCUAAGGUUCAACAAUUUCUCACUAGAUUUGCGACAGUUCCUGAUAUUUUAGAAUUGGAUCAUUUAACAGUGUCAGGUGAUGUGACAUUUGGCAAAGAUGUUUCUCUGAGGGGAACUGUCAUCAUCAUAGCGAAUCAUGGAGAUCGUAUAGAUCUUCCGUCUGGCACAAUUUUAGAAAAUAAAAUUGUCUCUGGCAAUCUUCGUAUUUUAGAUCACUAAAUUUAAAUAUUCACUAGUAGUAAACUGUACCAAUGAUUUCAAAUAUCAGUCAUAAUAGAAAAGGAAGUUACUGAUUUGAAAUGAGGUUCAAGUCAGGUCAACCUUCUUAAGUACUGACACUAUUUUUAAAACUGAAAACUGGUUUAAAAACUGAAAAACUUUUAUCGCUCAAAUCAAUAUAUAUAUAUAUAUAUAUAUAUAUAUAUAUAUAUUUUCAACUUGAUUACAAACUGGUUUUCAUAUGGGCUUAAUGAAGUGUUCAAGUGCAAUAACUGUCUCUACGAACUUUGUAAAAUAUGUUAGUUUGUUUUAAAUAAUAUAUAAAAAUAUAAAUUCAUAUAUAUGUUA